AUGAUGUAUGGAAAGCUCGUGGAUAUAUCUGAUGAUGAAUCAGACGAAGAGGUCAAUCUGUUGAAUACAUCACAACAUAAUAAUGGCGCAAAGGAUAUGAUGCCAUCGAUGAUUGGCGGUGGUACCCAAGAGACUAUAUUAAAGAUGUGGGAUGAGAAACAGAACAAUAGACAUAGGACACCUCAUGAGGACAUCAAGAAUAUCUCAGAGAAGCAUAGCGAUGUCGAUCGAAAGAUAUCCAACCUCUUGUCGAUCAUCGAGAGACCGUGGUCCUUUGUCGAGUUGGACGGUCCAAUCUGCUCGAUCGAGGGUGAGCUGCUCAAGAAGAAGCGAUUCAGCUCAGGUUGGAAGAAGUAUUACUUUGCUCUCAACGGUAACAACCUGUAUUAUUACAACAACAAGAAUUCCAAGAAACCAAAGGGAAUCAUCUCGAUAUCAUUCGUAUCACCUCCAUUGGUGAUGUCUGAGAAGCAUAUCAUUGAUAUGCGAACACCAGACGUCAGCAAGUACAUGUUCCAGGUGUUCUCGUACAAGCGCAUCGACGCGUUCUGCGCCACAAACAAUGAGGACUUUGAGCGCUGGAACUUUGUCAUGCAGAAGCUCACCAAGAACACGCUGACGCUCGACGACUACAACGAGCGCUACCAGGCCUUCCAAGAGGUGUACCCGCUGUUUGAGAAGAAGACCGAGCUGGAGCUCGACCGUCUGUUGCUGCUGCUGGCCGAGAUCGACAACAAAUCCACACACAUCAUUGGCAAGUCCAAGAAGGAGAAGACUGGCACGCUCCUCAUGAUGGAGGAGGACGAGAACAAUGGAGAAAUCACCUGGAAGCAGUAUUACUUUGCUCUCCUCAAUCAGUGUAUAUACUAUUACAAGUCAUCCAAGUUGCCGCCACAAGGAGUGAUCACAUUGAAAUACACUGAGAUACAGACUUGCGACACAUCGAUCUCGAAUGACUUGCUACAUUCGUUCAAGCUGGUGACACCUCUGAGUGUCUUUAUUCUGAAGGCCAAGCAUCAGGUGGCCAUGGAGGACUGGGUUGAGUCGCUCCAGUGCUCCAAGCUGGGCAGGCCUCGUGCCAUCGCCCCGAGCGUCGCCGCCGUCAUCGAACCAUCGAUCAAUAGCAAUGCCGCCCCUCUAGCACUUGGCAAGAAGAGCGUUGCUAUUCUCACCUUCACACCGGCCAACGCGGCACCAGGCUCGAAGCCCAAGAUGGUGAAGCUGGUGAUAGGCUCAAACACAGUCGGACGAUCAGAGUCAUGUAAUAUACAAGUGGACGAUAAAUUGGUGUCGAGGACGCAUUGCAAGGUCGAAGUGAGCGAGACAGCCUGCAUCCUGCUCGACAUGGGCUCUGGUCAUGGAACAAAGAUCAACCACAGGCCAGUGGACCGUCAUCCUCUCCAAAUAGGAGACGUCUUUAAGAUUGGCAAGACAAAGAUAAGGUUCGAUGUUGUAAAGAAA